GCUGGGAGGCUGGGCCAGGGGGCCUUUUAACCAGCCCGGGCAGGCUGUGCCGGACACCGGGCCUGGACGCCUGUGCCUGGCCCCUCCGUGGUCCCGGCAGCCGCCAGCCCCGGCCAGCAUGCAGCAGCAGCCCCUACCCGGGCCCUUGGCCCCUGCGGCCGAGCCCACCAAGCCUCCCUACAGCUACAUCGCUCUGAUCGCCAUGGCCAUCCAGAGCUCGCCGGGGCAGCGGGCCACGCUCAGUGGCAUCUACCGCUACAUCAUGGGCCGCUUCGCCUUCUACCGCCACAACAGGCCCGGCUGGCAGAACAGCAUCCGCCACAACCUGUCACUCAAUGAGUGCUUCGUCAAGGUGCCCCGCGAUGACCGCAAGCCGGGCAAGGGCAGCUACUGGACGCUGGACCCUGACUGCCACGACAUGUUUGACCACGGCAGCUUCCUGCGCCGACGCCGACGCUUCACCCGGAGAGCAGGUGCCGAGGGAGCCAAGGGCCCUGCCAAGGCACGUCGUGGACCCCUCAGAGGGAGCAGCCCGGAUCCAGGAGUCCCCGACGCCGUGACUGGCAGGCCGUGCACCUUCCCACCGGAGCUGCCCGAGCCCAAGGGCUUAAGCUUUGGGGGUCUGGUGGGGGCCUUGCCGGCUAGCAUGUGCCCAGCAACCCCGGAUGCCAGGCCCCGGCCGCCCACGGAGCCCAAAGAGAUGCCCACACCUAAGCCUGCAGGCCCGGGGGAGCUCCCUGUGGCCCCCUCGUCUUCCCCGUGCCCAGCAUUUGGCUUUCCUGCGGGCUUCUCUGAGGCCGAAGGUUUUAGCAAGGCCCCCACGCCCAUCUUGACCCCAGAGGCAGGCAUCGGGAGCAGCUACCCGUGCCGGCUGCAGGCACUGAAUUUCUGCAUGGGGACUGAUCCAGGCCUUGAGCACCUCUUGGCCUCAGCAGCCCCCUCUCCGGCACCACCCACCCCUCCAGCCUCACUCCGGGCGCCGCUUCCCCUGCCAGCUGACCCCAAGGAACCCUGGGUUGCAGGAAGUUUCCCUGUCCAGGGAGGCUCCAGCUACCCAUUGGGGCUGACCCCCUGCCUAUACCGGACACCAGGAAUGUUCUUCUUUGAGUGAAGCCAGCCUGGCCUCAGGCAGUCCCUGCAGGUCCCCUGCCAACCACACCCUCCAGGCUGAGCCUGACUCAAGGAUCUGGGGAGAUUUCAAGAGAUCCAGGCCUGACAAGCCAACGACCGGGACAGGAAGCCAAGAUUGGAGUAGUGAACACUCAGCCAGCCUCGGCGCCUCCGGACAGACUUGAGGGAGAGGGGAGGCAGGGCCCCCUUGGGAUUUACUCUGUGGCUCUCAGGGCCAAUAAAACCAGUGUGAUGGA